GUCCAGGGGAUGAGUCAUUCCUUCCCCCAUACCCUCAAAAAUAAUUUCGGAAAUAUUCUGCUUCCAUUGAUCUCCUGUUAAUUUCUUCUUCCCUUGGCAGAUGGAACUAGAGCAACCCAGGCAAACCCAUCUCAACAACAUUAACAAGUACAUCAACCCAAGAAAUGGCAAGGGUAGUCCGUCACCAUCGCCAUUACCAUCAAGGAGUGAUCUGUGCAAGCACUCCGCAUCCUUUCGGAAGCUUGGAGUGGGAGUCCCAGCAGCGGCGGGAGGCAUCUCCGACGUGGAGAAGGUCUCGUGGCUCCGCUCUCAGAUCAUCGGCAGUGAUGCCGAGUUUGACUCACCGUUCGGCAGGCGACGGCUCACAUACGCUGACAGCACCGCCUCCGGCCGCUGCAUCCGCUAUGUUGAGGACUUCAUCGUCGACAACAUCCUUCCGUUUUACGGUAACUCACACACAUCGAACAGCCACGUAGGUCACCGGACCACCAAGACAGUGCACGAGGCCUCGAGCUACAUCAAACGGUGCCUAGGAGGGGGACCUGAGGACGUGAUUUUGUUCUGCGGAUCAGGAUCCACUGGGUCGAUCAAGCGGCUCCAAGAAGUCAUGGGCAUUGCAGUGCCAUCGCUCCUAAGAGAGAGGAUGAUUAAGCGCAUGCCAAGCGAAGAGAGAUGGGUGGUCCUAGUCGGGCCUUAUGAGCACCACUCAAACCUUCUCUCAUGGAGGCAAAGUCUAGCGGAGGUCAUAGAGAUCGGACUAGAUGAAGAUGGGUCGAUAGACAUGGAAGAUUUAAGGCAAAAGCUUGAGUCUUAUCGAGAUGCUAACAGGCCAAUUCUGGGUUCUUUCUCAGCCUGCAGUAAUGUCACCGGGAUUUGUACCGACACAAGAGCUGUCGCGAAGCUGCUUCACCAAUUCGGUGCCUUUGCUUGCUUUGAUUUUGCAGCUAGUGCACCUUAUGUGGAAAUCGACAUGAGAUCAGGGGAUGUCGACGGUUAUGAUGCUAUCUUCCUGAGUGUGCACAAGUUCCUUGGUGGACCUGGGUCUCCAGGAAUCCUGCUCAUGAGCAAGGCUCUCUAUCGGCGGAUCAUUUCCCCAUCAACCUCUGGAGGAGGAACUGUUGAUUAUGUGAAUGGCUUCAAUGAAAAGGAUACAUUAUACGUGGAAGACAUUGAAGAAAGAGAGAAUGCUGGGACUCCACAAAUUAUUCAGAUCACAAGAGCAGCAUUGGCAUUCUGGUUGAAAGAUUACGUGGGAAAUGAAGUGAUCGAGAAACUGGAGCACGAGUACAUAAAAGAAGCAAUCGAAAGGCUCUCCAAAAACCAGAACAUAGAGAUUCUCGGGAACAGAACGGCUAAGAGACAAGCUAUAUUGUCUUUCCUGAUAUACUCAACAACUAAUUCCCCACCAGAUUGUAAUAAGAAGGGAAGAGAGAGAGGGCUUUACCUGUUGGGAGAAAUGGGGAACGAAAGAGACAAGCCUCUCCACGGACCUUUUGUUGCCACUCUCCUCAAUGACCUCUUUGGCAUUCAAGCGAGAGGUGGGUGCGCUUGUGCCAGUCCAUAUGGUCAUGCCCUACUUGGCAUCAGUGAAGCUCAGUCCCAUGCAUUUAGAUGUGCCAUUCAAAAGGGUUUUGCUGGAGUGAAGCUUGGAUGGACCAGAGUCAGCUUUCCCUACUACCUUUCGGAGGAGGAGUCCGAGUACAUUAUUGCUGCACUGGAGUUUGUAGCCUCUUUUGGCCAGAGGUUCCUUCUGCUCUAUCAUUUCAACCUGAAAACUGGAAAUUGGACCUUCAAAAAGAAGGCAUUCAUGGAGAUUGUAGGAAAGAAAAAAAGGGCAAACUUUGUAUCUUAAAUGACAACGAGGCUGAGCCUCAUUGCCAAGUAUACGUCAUAUUGGGAAAGCGCAAAACAUAUUGCAGGUCUCCUCCCCGAAUUUCCCUCCCCGCCCAGGCUCCAAGUAGAUAUUCAUCCAGAGCUGCUAUACUUCCGCCUCUAG